CUGGACACGUGAUACAAACCGGAGAUCCUUCAAACCCUGCGCAGCCGCGUUAUUCCGCGCUGUGAAUUUCCCUCUCUGAGGAAGUGCCCGGGCAGCGAGUUAACAAAAACAUCGGACGAGAUCAGCACCAUCGACGCACCGCAGAGGAUCACGGCGAGUCCCGCGAGAGGCCUGUCAAGGGCUUGCGUGAGGGCCCCUGGCCUAGAGAAGGCUUGCAAAGCCCAGUGCCCAGCUUCCAGGCGACAAAAUGCGUGACAGUUGCUGUGCGUGCCGGGUUGAUUGGCCAGCUGGUGGCGUGGAUAGCCGCUGCGCUGCUGGCGCUCUCGGCCAUCCUCCUCGCGGUUGGCGCUUUCAAGGGCCGGCGGGAGCUGCUGGUGCCGUGGCUGGGCUUCAGCAGCGUGUACGUCGUGCUGUGGAUCAUGGCCGCCGUCAUCUUCUUCAUCGUCAUCGCCGUGCAGCAGGCCUUCGCCAUGGCGGCCGCCGCUUUCUUCAUCUCGCUCAACAUGGCGGCCCUACAAAUGUUUCUGACUACACACGAAGAAUUUUACUACAC